UUCCUUCCUUCCUUCCUGCCUGCACUUUCAAUGUCGUUCUCUACAUAACGCUUGGCGAGAGAGAGAGAGAGAGAGAGAGAGAGUUGAUACAGUCGAUGCGCCACCGGUCGUCCGUCUCUCUCGCCGACCUCCUCCAAUGGCGGGUCAACCGCCGGCCGCCUCGCGCAUCCUCCUCCUCCUCCUCACCGCCCUCCCGUUGACCCUCGCCUGCUUCGCCUUCCUCCUCCAGUGGCGCGGCGGCCUCGACGAUCCCGCCACCCGCUGGUCACCCGAUCGCCUCGAGUUCCCCGGCAUGGGCGGCGACGGCGCCGGCGGCGGGGAUUCCAAUGUGCCGUCCCGCUCCGGCUCCGGCUCCGAUUGCGUCGACGUCCUCGGCCGGAGCCGGACGGCGUCGUUCCCGUACUACCGCGAUUGGAAGUUCGAUCUCGGAUCGGAUCUCCGGCCUCAGCUAUGCAUUACGACAAGCACUUCUGCUGGCCUAGAACAGACACUACCAUGGAUAUUUUAUCAUAAGGUUAUUGGAGUAUCAACUUUUUUCCUUUUCGUGGAAGGAAAGGCCGCCUCACCUGACGUGUCUAAAGUUUUGGAAUCCAUUCCAGGGGUCAAGGUCAUAUACAGGACGAGAGAAUUAGAGGAACAGCAAGCAAAAAGCCGUAUCUGGAAUGAGACUUGGUUGGCAAGCUUCUUUUACAAGCCAUGCAACUAUGAGCUAUUUGUGAAGCAAUCCCUAAAUAUGGAAAUGGCUAUUGUCAUGGCAAGGGAUGCAGGGAUGGAUUGGAUCAUCCAUCUUGACACUGACGAGCUCAUAUAUCCAGCAGGAGCUCGUGAGUACUCAGUGAGACAGCUGCUGGCUGAUGUGCCUGGAAAUGUUGAUAUGGUCAUUUUUCCAAAUUAUGAAAGCAGUGUGGAGAGAGAUGAUGUUAAAGAGCCCUUUAGUGAGGUGUCAAUGUUUAAAAAGAACUAUGACCAUCUAACAAAGGAUGUAUACUUUGGCAAUUACAAAGAUGCAACUCGUGGUAAUCCAAAUUACUUUCUGACUUAUGGAAAUGGGAAGGCUGCGGCUCGUAUUCAUGAUCAUCUUCGUCCCAAUGGUGCUCACAGAUGGCACAACUACAUGAAAACCCCAAAUGAGAUUAAAUUGGAAGAGGCUGCUGUUCUGCAUUACACAUAUCCAAAAUUUUCGGAUUUGACAUCAAGACGUGAUCGGUGUGGCUGCAAGCCUACUAAGGAGGAUGUGAAAAGAUGCUUCAUGUUGGAGUUUGACCGAGCAGCUUUCAUUAUUGCAUCAACUGCGACGGAGGAGGAAAUGCUUCGCUGGUAUCGAGAACGAGUUGUAUGGACAGACAGGACUGUGAAUAUUAAACUUCUCAGGAAAGGCAUUUUGACUCGCAUUAAUACUCCUAUGGUUAUCGUGCAAGGAUUGAGGGAAUCUGGUGUUUUCAGCUCUGUAAUAGCAUCAGCACAGACGAUUCUCUCAAAGGACAAGCUUGUGUCCAUUGAGAACAGCAACUCUUCUACGAAACUUGAAUCUGGAGAGGUUUCCUCAAGAAAGAUAGGUACCAACAGGGAGUCUCAAGCAAUGCCAAGAAGAGUAUUGGAAAGUACUGAGAGCGAUAUUCACCCUUCAGCAGUUCCACCAUUAUCUCCUCCUGGUGCGGGUGACUCUCUCUUGUUGUCUGAUGCAUUCAGGAUACAGUGACUGUUGCCUCCUUAUAACCGGUCUUA